AUGUCAUUCUCUUCGGACAAGAACCCCAGCCGUCGAGGCUCCAUCUCACUCGCCAGCAAGCGUCGUGGCUCUGGCACCGAAAAACUCGAGACCCAUAUCUCAUCCUGGCACACGAGCUCCCACAAGCAUGAGGACAACCCGCAUGCGCGCGAGGAGGAGCUCAACAAGGCCUACGAGCGCUUUGAGAAGAUCUUCACCAUCACCCCUCAGCGUCUGCGCAUGAUCACCGACCGCUUUGUGGGCGUGCUCGAGGAGGGUCUUCAGAAAGAUGGCCAGACCGUACCCAUGCUUCCCGCCUACGUCUUUGGCUGGCCCACUGGAGACGAACAGGGAUCUUACCUCGCCCUCGACCUCGGAGGCACCAACCUGCGUGUCUGCCACGUCGUGCUCAAGGGCGCUGGAAAGUUCGAGAUCACCCAGUCCAAGUUCCGUCUCACCGAGGAGCAGAAGCAGACCGAGGGCCAGAAGCUCUUUGACUUUUGCGCCGACUGUCUGGCCACCUUCAUCAAGGACCACUUUGGCGACCAGAAUGGCGAUGUGAUUCUCGAGGAGGAGCUCGCUCUCGGUUUCACGUUCAGCUACCCCAUGGAGCAAGACAAGAUCGACCACGGCAAGCUGGUCCGAUGGACCAAGGGCUUCGGCAACCCCAACACGGAAGGUCGCGACUGCGCUGCCAUGUUCCGCGAGUCGCUCGACAAGUACAAGCUGCCCAUCAAGAUGGUCUCGAUCAUCAACGACACCACGGGUACGCUCAUUGCAUCCAACUAUGUCAACCAGGACACGAGGAUUGCAUGCAUCUUUGGUACGGGCUGUAACGCUGCCUACAUGGAGCACAUGAAGGAUAUCCCCAAGAUCAAGCACCUCGGCUUGCCAGAGGACGAGGAGAUGGCCAUCAACUGCGAGUACGGCGCCUUUGACUCGUUCAAGCACGAACACAUGGCCGAGAUCCGCACCAAAUACGACGAGCACAUUGACAUGCACUCGAACAAGCCGCACGAGCAGUCGUACGAAAAGAUGAUCGCCGGUCUGUACCUGGGCGAGCUGUUCCGACUCUGCAUCUGCGACCUCAUCGACGAGGGCGUGCUUUUCUUGGGACAGAACACCUACAAGCUCGAAAAGACCAACGCCUUUGACACGGCCUUCCUGUCGCUCAUGGAGCUGGACCCUACCGAGGAGCUGCUCACGGUGGUGGGACUGUUCACCCACUUUUUCGGCAUCGACACGACGAUCGAGGAGAGGCAAUUCUUCCGCAAGCUGGCCAAGCUGAUUGGUACGCGAUCGGCGCGACUGAGCUCGUGCGGUAUCGCUGCGUUGGUGACCAAGAUGGGCUACCUCGAGAAGGGCUGCGGUGUGGGUGCCGACGGAUCGCUCUACUCGAAGUACCCUGGGUUCGCCGACCGAUUGCACCAGGCGCUGGAGGACAUCUUUGGCGAAAAGGGACGCAACAUCAAGACCUACCAGGCCGAAGAUGGAUCGGGCGUGGGUUCGGCCAUCAUCGCUGCGAUGACCAAGGCGCGCAAGGAGGCGGGCAAGUACGUCGAGGUGUAA